AUGGCUUCCACUGCUGCCGUCCCUACUGCAUUCACCCCAUAUCAAUCAUCUCCCCUGGCUCGGACAACAUCCCCUUUCAAAGACCCGCGUACUCCACCACAAACGCCAUCACAAACGGCAAAGCUCUGGGAUGAGUACGAAAGAAGAGCCGUUGAAAUAGCAAAGAGACGGGAGACAGCAUGCGCCACUCGUUCGGCUCGAACGGGGUCAUCACCACAACGACUGUCGUCCGGGAUCAUUCUUGAUGUAACCGAGAAGCAUGAACCUAUUCCAUCAACGGGAAUAGCAGUUCCAUCGCCUGUUCUCUCUCCACCCAUUCAUUCAAAUUUUGACUUCGACUUUCACACACCCACUUACAGGAAGCCAAACACUGAUACGCCACCCGCCACAGUCGCCAUUUGCAAAACAUGUAGACAAUCAAUCACUACAGCAUCAGGAUUCUGCGAACAGUGCAAAAGAACAAUAGUCCUCUCUCCACCACUGCAGACGGGAGAGACGACACCGCCACUCAGUCCAGCCUGCCGGAACUUUGCUUCGACCGAUCUCUCCAAGCUUGAAAGGAUAUCCGCACAAGAACCGACCACCCCCAACUCCACAUCACCAAAACGCAGGACACGCAAAACAUCCUGCAGCCAAACCGCAGACCACCCAAUCCGUCUAUCAUCCCUCCGCCCACCACCUAAGCAAUCCCUCGACGAGACCCAUCCGCGCGUCCGGAAAGCCUCACUGACGGACCCCAACGAAGCGUUCAUCCGCCUGCACAUCUCCCGGAAACCACUCCCCUCCCAACCAUCAUCACCAACCACACCUACCACCCCACCACCCACAGCACACUCCCACCACACAUCGGGCUCACACCCAAGAACCCGCCCUUCCUCCCUCGCCAACAUCACAACGCCCCCCCAGUACGCUUCCUACCCCCGCCACAACAGCGUCAGCCCCUCCGAGCUCAGCACACUCUACCCCUACGUCUCCAUGGCGACCGCCACCACUACAUCGCCCAGCCUCCACCGGACGUCCUACUCGCUGCAAAACACAACAAGCGCGUGGGACGACUCCGACAGCGAGGGCGAAGAGGAAAAAGCCGGGCUCGUGGGCUACUGGAGGAGUCGCAAGUGGCGGGGCAGCAGGGGGAGUAUAGGAACGCAGGACACGAGUCGCGGACGACGAACGAGCGAUGGCACUGAGGAGGGCAGAAAGGAGUCGAGUGUCAGGGAGGAGGGGAAGAGGAAGAAGAGAGGCGCGUUUGUGAGGGUCAUUAGCUGUGGGUGCAAUGACUGA